AUGCCAGCACGGGAUGCGAAUAAAAGGCCAAAAAUGACGCGUAGACACCGUGUAUCGUUCCUGUCGUCGCCAGUGUCCUGCAAGUUGAUGUUCGGCAUAUGUGGUGUUCUUGCAGGCCUCGGGUGUCUGCUGUUCCUGCUGCUCUUGGAUUCCGUCCGCAGCGCUAAGUGGCACGUCUGGACCAACGUGGAGGGCCCCCGUCACUCCAAGGCCGGAUGCCACGCGAUGUGCAGCACAACAUUUGGAGUUCUUCUGGGUGCUCACAACGGUGUGUUCGCGUAUAGCAACUGCAACAGCACAACGUGCAUAUCCAAUGAAAUCCACGCGGUGUCUGUUUCUCCUGCCACAGAGCUUUAUAGUGACAUUGACGCAAUGAGGCGCAACAGCGGGAUAAAGUGGCAAUGCGUUGAGUACGCGAGGCGGUACUGGAUGAUGCGCGGCAGCCCGGUUGGCGCAACCUUUUCCUUGGUGACCGCAGCCGCUGAUAUAUGGUCACUGACAACUGUGCAGUUGCUGAAUGGUUCAACGGUGCCGCUGCUGAAGUACGCCAACGGGGCGCCAGCCGACACUGGAGGAUCGGCGCCACGUGUUGGGGAUCUGCUGAUAUACCCAAAGCAGCGCACGGACUUUCCGUUCGGGCACGUCGCCGUCGUUGUUGACGUGACGAGCGGCUCUGUCCUGGUGGCGGAGCAGAACUGGGAGAACACCGUGUGGCCCGCCCCGCACCACAACUACUCGCGCGAGAUCCCUAUGCGCCACGAUGCCGAUGCCAAGACGUACACCAUCACCGACGAGGACGACAUCAAGAUUACCGGAUGGGUGCGGUACGGGAUGUAA